AUGCCCACACGAGACAUCAAUGCCUUAGACCGCCCGCGGAGAAGCUCACAGAUGGUAUUGAAAGACAACAUCGCGCAAGGCUUUGAGCUCCUGUGCGAGGGACGAACGAUCUUUCAGCUUCAAGGCUUCCCUGAUGCUCACCGGUUUCAGUGGCUUGACACGCUACGUGGCGCGGAACCAAAUCUUACUUGGCUUGGCUUUCCUCUUGAAACUGACCGCGGAACGCACAUGAGUAUGAUUCUGAAAGUCCGGCCUGUUGAGAUUUCGGCCGAAACGGUCUCUACAGGUAUCGCGCCUGGGUCCGACUUUGGCGCCCAGACACUGCCUCACACCUACUGGAUUUCGUGCGGUAUGGAUAAAGGAGUGAAGCCAUUCCAAGCAAAGAUGUCCGCAUCGUCUCAAGCGACAACAAAGACCAGGAGCUUAGGUCGCCUCCGAGAUAUGAUCGAUUCCUACCUAACCUCGUUCAACAUUCCCUCAGAUGGUUUGUUGGGCCAUGCUCUUUACGGGCUAGUAGAGGGUAUGAGCAGUGUCAUCGAUCGCGGCAAAAUGGCGGCACACGGUAAGGUUUCAACCAGGAUUCACUCGAUUCUUCGAUCCCUGUGCGAAUCGGUCUCAUUAAGACUCGUGCCAGGACAUCACAGCAAAUGUUCAACGGACAACAUCUGGGAUAGGUGGAUCAAACAGGAUUGCACCGAGUAUCUUAGCACCAUCUUGGUCGCUCUGACGGACCUCGCAAAGGAUGAGUCUUCGAAUCCGCUAUGUGUGGCUGAUUUGCAACAGCUUCAGGAAAUGCAGAAGCUGUGCCAGUCUUGGCAGACUGGCAUGUCUACAAGGUUAUCGCUCAACUCGCAUUCGACCACGGCUUGUUCGGCUGACUCGGAAGAGCAGACAAUCAAAGAAGGCCCUAAUAACACAUUGAACAGGGAUCGCAGUCUCGAGGGAGAGAAUUUGGAAGCCAAAUUCAGCGAGACAACAGCCGCUUCCGAUAGUGAGGGAAGGGAUACAUCUUCGUAUGACAUUCAUGAUCUUCGCGAUCAGUUGCUAGAAGCUAGAACCAUCGAGAGUUGUAGAACGGUAUUCGCCUUUGGAACAGGUACAUGCUUGUCGAACUACUACGUCGGUAACAACCUUGCUAGUCUUGAUGAAGAGUUCUUGAUACACGAUGACUGUCGUGUCGUUAUACCAGCUUGUGUUGCUUCCUUUCAUUGCUCACCAAAGCGGCUGAAAAGCCUCACCUGUUUCACUUUUACCGGCCGCGCGGAACGGCGCCGUGGACCAACAGGUAUCUCGCCACCCGCGGCUUGCUAAUCACAGAUAUAUGAUCUGGGAUGAAAUUCGAACAGUUCGCUGACGACAUAGGGUGGUUUCUCUGGGGCUCGUAGCUCCUUUGGUACUUGGCUGUGAAGCUGAAAGCUAGCC